AUGACAGGACCAGAAAUUGUAGAUUAUAUAAACACGCACCAAAGCUACUUCAAAGCGAAGUAUCGACCAGGUGUUGAGGAGUUUGUCAAAGCUCGUAUCAUGAAGGAAAAAUAUCUCGACGAUCCCCUUGCGAAGUUAUCAGAGCCCAAAGAAGCUUUGGGGGACGAACCGAUUCCAACAAGGUAAGA